AUGAGUGAGAAACGCGACAAUAAUAAGGAAGACGAAAGCGAUGAAGAAGAUCUGCGUCUGAACGCGAUGGUGGAAUCUGCUGCCGCGGCCGAUCAGAAACUUCAGCCGGUUCCGAAAGAAGAAGUCAACAAGUUGAUGGAGGUAAGUUAUAUUUUUUUUGAAUUAACUCGUUUUUUUCUGGUCUGUAAAUGUAUAAUUAUGUUAUUUUCAGCAAGCCAAGAAAUCACACGAAUUGGAAAAUAAACAGAAGAAGACAGCAGACUCUAACAACAAGAAGAAAGCUACAUGA